GCCGGCCACCACAGGCAUUUGCUGGGGCUGUGGCGAGUCCCGCGCCUGCACCGGAGAGGACCGGCGGUUGCGACGCCCGGCAGCUGCGGGGCCCGUUAUCAGGAACUGUUGCUGUCAUUACUUCUGAUGGGAGAAUGAUUGUGGGAACACUGAAAGGCUUUGACCAGACCAUUAAUUUGAUUUUGGAUGAAAGCCAUGAACGAGUGUUCAGCUCUUCACAGGGAGUAGAACAAGUGGUACUAGGUUUAUACAUUGUGAGAGGUGAUAAUGUUGCAGUCAUUGGAGAAAUUGAUGAAGAGACAGAUUCUGCACUUGAUUUGGGGAAUAUUCGAGCAGAACCUCUGAACUCUGUAGCACACUAAGGAUAAACUACAUAUAUUGGACAUCUGUAAAUCUUUGUACAGAAACUGAUUAUUCUGAGGAUGAUGGGCAGAAUUUUUAUGAAAGUGUAAUUGUGGAUUUUGACUCCAUAUUGAUUCAUUGUAA